AUGGUUGAAAUAUCCCAGGUGGAUGUGUCCGACUAUGAUUCUGUCAGCCGCUUUGCACAGGCCGCUGCGUCGCAUGGACCCAUCAAAGCAGUUAUCCAUACAGCUGGCUUGUCCCCGUCCGCAGGUUGUGCGCAAAAGAUCCUUGAAGUAGAUCUUCUCGGCACUGUCAAUGCUCUUGAUGCUUUCUUAGAGGUGGCGCAGUCCGGAACGAGCAUGGUCUGUGUCGCGAGUAUGGCCGGUCACAUGGGAUCAAAUUUAGCAUCGGAGCUAGAGCGUCAUCUCGCGACAGCGUCUAGGGAUCAAUUGUUAGAUCACCCCGCUCUAAAGAUUGACAAGGCCGAUCCUCAUGGCACUGCACGGGCUUAUGGCCUGUCAAAACGCGGAAAUUUACUACGCGUCCAGGCUUCAGCUCAAGCAUGGGGUCGCGUUGGAGGGAGAGUGAAUUCCGUUAGUCCCGGGGUCAUCUCUACAAGCGCUGGGCGCCAGGAAAUCAAUGGCCCAGCUGCGAAAUUCAUCACUCUGAGUCCUGUUGGUCGCGUUGGAACGCCGCAGGACAUUGUGAAUGCUGUCUCAUUCUUGGUCAGUGCAGAGUCAUCUUUCAUCACAGGCAAUGACAUCCUCGUGGAUGGUGGGGUCGUUUCAUCAUUACAAUGGGAUAACUUGAAAGCCUGA